AUGCUUUCUAAGAAGUGUCUGGGAUUUCUUUAUUCUAGUCUCUAUCUGUGGGCGUACGUCUUCCUGUUAUUGAUUAAAGGUUGCUCAUUGUGUGAAUCAGAAGAACGAUUAUUCCAUAAACUCUUUUUCCAUUACAACCAUUUCAUCAGACCAGUGGAAAAUGUGUCUGAUCCUGUAACAGUGCAUUUUGAAGUGGCAAUUACACAGCUUGCAAAUGUGGAUGAAGUCAAUCAGAUUAUGGAAACCAAUCUGUGGCUGCGACAUAUUUGGAAUGACUACAAAUUGCGAUGGGAUCCAAUGGAAUUUGAUGGAAUUGAAUUUGUUCGAGUACCAGCAGAUAAAAUCUGGAAACCUGACAUUGUCUUGUAUAAUAAUGCUGUUGGGGAUUUUCAAGUGGAAGGAAAAACCAAAGCGCUCCUUCGAUAUGAUGGUAUGAUCACGUGGACUCCACCAGCUAUUUUUAAGAGUUCCUGUCCUAUGGAUAUCACCUUUUUCCCUUUUGAUCACCAGAACUGUUCACUGAAAUUCGGCUCCUGGACAUAUGACAAAGCCAAAAUUGAUCUUGUGAUCAUUGGCUCCAAAGUAGAUAUGAAUGAUUUUUGGGAAAACAGUGAAUGGGAAAUAGUUGAUGCUUCUGGCUAUAAACAUGAUAUAAAAUAUAACUGUUGUGAAGAGAUCUAUACAGAUAUAACAUACUCCUUCUAUAUUCGUAGAUUACCAAUGUUUUACACCAUUAAUUUGAUUAUUCCCUGUCUCUUCAUUUCAUUCCUAACUGUGUUAGUAUUUUACCUUCCAUCUGACUGUGGCGAAAAGGUGACCCUCUGCAUCUCAGUGCUGCUUUCAUUGACUGUGUUUUUAUUGGUGAUCACAGAAACAAUUCCAUCCACCUCUCUGGUCAUUCCGCUGGUUGGAGAAUACCUGCUUUUCACCAUGAUUUUUGUGACACUAUCAAUUGUUGUCACAGUGUUUGUUCUGAACAUCCAUUACAGGACUCCCACCACACACACUAUGCCCAAAUGGGUGAAAACUGUCUUCCUUAACCUGCUGCCCAAACUCCUGAUGAUGAGGAGACCUCUGGAAGAGCAGAGCAAGGUUGGUUCAAAACAAAAUAAGAAGGAACCACCCAGUACACGUGGAAAAAUGAAGCACAGCAAAUCCAGUGAUGCUAAAUUAUACAAGGAGCAGAGAUGCUGCCAUUGUGACAAAGUGAACGACCUGGCUAUCAGUAAAAAGAGACGAGCAAGCCAUCAUUCAAUGAAGUGGGUAACAGAACAUGUGGAGUACUCCCCUGAGAUCAAGGAUGUCAUAUGUAAUGUUCAGUUCAUUGCAGAGAACAUGAAGAAUCAAAAUGAAACAAAAGAGGUGGAAGAUGACUGGAAGUAUGUGGCUAUGGUGAUAGACAGGGUCUUCCUUUGGGUAUUUAUCAUUCUUUGCGUGUCUGGGACAGUAGGAUUAUUUCUACAGCCAAUAAUAGGAGACACAUAACUUCUACAGUGCUGCUUUGCUUUCCUUUUGUCUUAUUCCAGUUUCUCCUUAUGGAGUUCCCCAUCUGUCGUGUUUUCUUCUUCCCUUACAUUCACCCUAUUCUGCAGAGCUGAGGUUACUGUGAUGUCCUCUCUGGAAAAGAAAACAGGAUAAAGCUGCCUUUGCCAUCCAACAAGGUUUGUUUUUCAAGGGAUGGUGGCCAGUAGAGGGGUAGAGGAAGCACUUCACCCCUUUGGGGACCAAAGUGGCAUCUCCAGCAAUGCCUACUACUUAUUUAGGGGGAGGGUUUUCAAGAGUCAUUGAAGUCAAUAGUAAAUGACUACACAACUGCAUCAGCAGAGCUAGGUCAAAGUGAGUUUUUCUCCUUGCCUUCAGUGGGGACAGAGUCAGGCCAAUACUGACUACUCUUGAACAUCCCCCCACCCUAACACCCUUGGAAUAGCUUAGGGAUUUUUUUCUUCUAGGGAUAGCUCACCCUGAACUUCUGGUGUGUUUAUUUUCCUGUACCUUUUGCUGUGUAAUAUUCUUCAGUGCAGAGCUUGGAUCGUGUACUCAGUCAUGCAGAACACAUGGAUGUUAGUUUUUGCUGUGUUGUUCUAGCACGUCCAUCAACGUAAUUGAAAAAUGAAAACCUGUAACAUUUUGGAAGAGGUUAGAAAACGCAAAACUUCCCACCCCCGGCAAAGUGCAUACUCCAAUGAACGCUUUAGUUCAGCCCCAAAAAAGCCCUUGAACAUGUGCUUUGCUUUAGUUCUAAGCAUAUGUCUCAUUGAAGAUAAUGGGCCUAAGUAUCUGCUUAAGGCACCAGCCCUGCAGAGAUGUAGAUGCUUUCCUACUUUCACUGCACAGAAGCUCAUUGACUCCAGGGUGACUGAUCCCAGGGCAAACCAGCAACAUGUGAAUAAAGAGUAAAUCCAGAAGGGGCUUUAGCACCCAAGUGCCAGUUCAGAUGCCAAAGUUCAAUAUUAGGUGCCACUAAGACCCUCAGCCUCCAGCCCCCAUCCCUUGACGCUGCCAGAUGCCCAAAGUCCUUAGGACUCUAAGAUUCUGCUUUGUAGCAUAGGCAAAGCCACCGGCUCCUUCUUCCACUGAGCUGCUCAGAGCCCUGGCCCAUGCCCAGACCCCUGCAGGAUUCUCCAAGGAGAUGAUUCCCCAUUUAUCCAACCUGCAGAGCCUGAUCUCACAGGCAUUCUCAGAACAUAUCCACAGGAUGGGGCCCCAUGCAGAAGGCAGCUGAUGAUGGCAUUUUUGGG